GCUGUGUUCGAAGAAAUACAUUCACAAGAGUUCUUUAGUUAUGCUUACGUCUGUGUUGUGUAUCGCUUCAUUGAUAACCCUUCUCGAUGCUCAUAUUUCAAUAAAGAAAGAAAGAUUUGAACCAUUGUCAGAUGACAUCAUCUCGUAUAUUAAUCAACAUGUAGGUUCUUUUUUGUAGUAAUGUUGUAAAUCGCGAACAUUGUAAAAUGAUUUACGUUCUAACUGUGUAUGAUCGGUUGGAUUAGAAUAGAUCCACUACUUUAUGUUGUAAGUAGCUUGUGUACGAAACGAGGUUUGAUUGAGGAGAAUGUGCAAUCAAUCAGAUGAUUCCUCCUCUUUACAACUAGAAUUCAUCUAUAAGUUAUUUAAAAUGACAGGUUACAUUGUUUCGUACGCCAUCGGCCUAAAACUGAUUUCAUUUCAUAUAUCUAAGUUCAAUACAACAACUGACAGUUGAAAAAGGAACAAAUCUAAAUCUUCAUAUUUGAAUUCCAUUUUUAGUUCAACAUUGUCAGAAUUGUUUCUCAUUCAAUUAUGAUUUCAACUUUUUCAUCCUUCAGCCAAAUGCUGAAUGGAAAGCUGAGAAAAGCAAUCGUUUCCACUCACUGGAUGACGCACGUAUUCUGAUGGGUGCAAGAAGAGAGGAAUCAGAAUUAAGAAAGAAGAGACGUCCCACAGUUGACCAUAAUGAUUUGAGUGUAGAAAUUCCAUCAAGUUUUGAUUCAAGGAAGAAAUGGCCUCGUUGUAAAAGUAUAGCGACCAUUCGUGAUCAAUCACGAUGUGGAUCAUCUUGGGUGAGUUUUAAUGAUCGCACUAUUUGAAAAAUGUAUACAAUGUUGGCAUGACUAUGAAUAUUUCUACAAAUCAGUGAUUUUGUAGGAGAUCUCACCGAACGUCAGACAGUAUCAGAGUCAUAUUAUCUAGAGAAAUUGUUUCUUUGAAAGCUGUAUGACAGCACAUACGUCAAUGUUGAGUAUCACAUCUGUGAACAUAAGUCAGGUGACUGAAAUAAUUGACGAAACAGGUCAUGUUGAACUCAGAUAACUAGUAAAUGUUGACCACUCAUUCCACGUAAAUUCAUUACAAAAAUUAAAACGUCUUGAUGUUGCCAUUGCUUUUUUCCAGGCUUUCGCUGCUGUCGAAGCCAUGAGUGAUCGAACCUGCAUACAGUCACGUGGCAGACAAUCUGUGGAACUAAGUGCUGUGGAUCUAAUGAGCUGUUGUAGCGAUUGCGGAUUUGGGUGUGAUGGUGGAUUCCUUGGUCAUGCUUGGGAUUAUUGGGUGAAGGAAGGUAUUGUUACUGGAAGUUCGAAAGAGAAUCACACAGGCUGUCAACCAUAUCCAUUCCCGAAAUGUGAGCAUUAUGUUAAAGGGAAGUAUCCUGCAUGCGGUGAAAAAAUGUACAAAGCUCCUCGUUGUAAUCAGACAUGUCAGAAAAGUUACAAGAUCCCAUACUCCCAAGACAAGCAUCGAGGUAGGUAAUAUUUUAGACAAUGAUAACAAUUUAUCAUGAAAUCGUUGACUUGUCACUCACAUAGAUUGAUCACAAUAUAUUGUCAGAGUUGCUUAGAAAUGAUGCUUCUACAUGAGUAAUAAUCAUUUUUGAGAUUACUUUUGAAAGCUCUCUGUUAAAUGAUAACAGAUUCAUUUUCAUCAUCGUUUUAUUCAUCUGUUAGGUAAAUUGUCCUACAAUGUUGCUGAUAAUGAAUUGUCUAUUCAAAAGGAAAUCAUGAAGUAUGGACCAGUAGAAUCAGCCUUCAACGUUUACGAAGAUUUUCUAAAUUACAAAUCUGGGAUCUAUAAGCAUAUUACUGGGGAAGCAGUUGGUGGACAUGCCAUACGUAUAAUCGGAUGGGGUGUGGAAAAAAACACUCCUUAUUGGUUGAUAGCGAAUUCGUGGAAUGAAGAUUGGGGUGAAAAUGGAUAUUUCAGAAUACUACGUGGUCAUAAUGAGUGUGACAUAGAAUCCUACGUAAUAGCUGGUCGGAUUAACUAAUUACACAAUCUUUAAACAUUAUCAUAAAAUGUUACUUAGAGUGAAGUCAUUACAAAUGUAUACUGAAUACUUCUGAGAAACGUCCCCUAUUCAUAUUAUCUUUUCAUUCAUUUUAUAUUAUAAAUAAACGGUUGCGAACUCUCA